AUGGGCAAAGAACAACUGAAAUAUAACAAAAACCUGGGCAAAAUUAAGCUCGCAAGCCAUUCUUUCACCUGUCAUUUGUGCUCGCAAGAGUGCAGCACAUUGUAUAACCUUCAGCAACACGUUCAGGCACAAGACAUAACAACCUCUUCAGAUUCUUUGACUGAAAACGUGCCCAACCUCAACAUUACAAGCAUUCCUGAUUCAGAAAGAGAAUUUAAUGUAGUUGAAGAUAGUCAAGAAGCAUUGUUUCAAGCUGAUAUUUUGGCCAUGAUUGAAGAAGAACAAGAAGAAGCUAUGGGAGAGAAUAUUUCUUCUCUUAGAGAAAGAAUCUUUAACAUGGCAUCAUUGACAAUUAACAGUAACAUGGAAUCAGAUCUCCCUACCUUGGCUUUCGAAGAUUGUCAGUCUCUCUUGGAUUUUUCUGCUGCUUCUGGUGAAUGGAAUCGAAGCAUGCCCCCUUUCUUUCCUUUUCAAAAUCUACAGACCUUAGUUUUGCAAGCCUUUGUUGACGGGGACAACAGUAUGAUCUCGGUUUCCAUGCUUACAAAGAUCAUGUAUACCAUCAAUUUGUUGUUUGAGUUGAAGAAGAGAGCAGACGAGGAUAAAGCAGAAUUUAAGCUGCCAAAGGUUGGGACUCUGCUUAAUUAUCAACAUAAUAAGUUCAAUAAGAUUUCUCUGUUCCCUACAACUGUUAAGAAAGUUACAAUCAAAGCAACUUCUAAUUUGGGUUCAGGAAUUACUGGCCAAGUAAAGACUGCAGACUGCCACUUUAACUUUCCUUCCGACCACUUGCGUUUUCUUUUGGCAAACCCUCAAAAAGCACUGUAUCUUUCAGCUCUUCCAGAUUACACUGAAAAUCAGUGUCUUUCUGUCCAACAAGAUGAAAAAUGGAAAAGAGACCCUUUUUUUCAACAUCCUUUUGUUCAAACAAAUGGCAAAGACUUUUGGAUUGGAGAUGUAGGGCGUGUUAUCUGGUUUUACCUGAAAGACAGCAUUGCUCUCUUUGAUGGUUACCUUGUUGAACAGGGCUCUGACAGUGAAGGCUACCCCUUACAUGAGAUACAAAGUUUUUUUGUCCCAUAUGAAGUUAAAUGUCUGGAUUCUGCUUGGCUCCCCCCAAUAUUCUUUAGCCAUCCCAAGAAUUGGUUUUCCUCUGGUGAAACAUCAUUGAAUCCAAUGCACAAUGGCCUGUUGUUCAAAAGCCAUUCUCUGAAAAAGCCAAUAUUCAACAGUGCCAACCAAUUUGUUCGAUUUCAAAAGGCCAUUGUCGCCCCACUUGCCUUAUUUUCUGACAAUACCUCUGGAAAUCUGACAAAAACACAUGGCAUAUAUGACAGUGUGCUGGUCAACUUCCCUGUGAUGCCAUACCACAUGAGGAACAGGCGCAAGAACAACUUUUUUGUCACAGCUGUUUCCCAGCAAGCUGGAUUCAAGUUGACUCAAUUGAUACCUGUUCUUGCUGUAGACCUGAAGUCCUUGGAAAACAGUAUUGAGAUGUACUCGUUGACAUAUAACGAGGCUGUCACUGUCUGUGCUCCAUUGCUCUUCAUUACAACUGACAAUGCCCACCAUGCCAAACUUGUUGGUUUGAAGCAUGCGACAUCUAAUUUCCCAUGUAGAAGGUGCUACCAUCGCAGUUUAACAAGAUUCAGUUUCGAUGACUUCGACUCUGAUCAUCUGGUUUGCCAUUGUCAAAGAAAAACAAAGGAACAUUACAGAAUUGCAGCCACUGACUCAACACGUAAAGAGAAGGCAAUUCCUAGUGUAUUACCAAACAUUGACGAUCUUUACUUGCGAAUGGAAAAGUCUAUGGAUAAGACGUCUAUUCUUACUGAUCUUGGAUAUAGUCAUACCAGUGCCAAAGACCUACUCUGUUUGCAGUCUUUUGAUCCUGCUCUUGAUAUACCUGUAGAGAUUUUACAUACUGUGGCUCUUGGAGUAUGUAAAUAUCUUGUUAAUCAUUUGUUCAAGGAGGUCCUAAAGGGAAACACUGCUUUACAAGUAAAGUUAUCCAAUUUGCUGGAGCAAGAAAAAGGCUCUAGGGACUUUACAAGGACUUUCAGAAAUAAGCUUAGACAUAGUGGAUCUUACCUUGGCAAGGAGUUUAAGAUUUUGAUGCAAGUCCUGCCAGCUAUUCUCAAUGCUGAAUUUGCAAACGACAUAGAAGUUAGUAUGAUUGCUAAGCCUUUCACAGAACUUGACAUUCUAUCAUCUCUUUUAUUUGUUCAAGAAGUCAACUCUGAUUUUGAUCAAUAUCUCAGCAAUGCCGAUAAUACUGCUCAUCAUCUUGUCAAGUCUUUGUACGAAUAUGAUGUAUAUGCCAAUACCAAGUUCAGCUUGACCCUGAAGACGCACCUUCUGCUACACUUGAAGGAAGAUAUCAAGAGGUUUGGUUGUGCUCUCUACUUUGAGACCGAAAAGGGUGAACAAUUCAACAAUUUCAUCCGGACUCAUUUGGUAUACUCCAACCAUCGUGCUGAUAACAGGGAUCUUAUAUUCAAGUUUGGAAAGCAAGAUAUGCUUAGACACAUUGCCAGUGGAAGUUUAUGGAUCGAUAGAACUACAGAUACUCAAGUAAAGAGUGGAUCCGGUAUUUCUGCCUUUCUUCAAGAUCAAGGAAUUAAAUUUUCCAACAACUACUUUGGCAAAUACCAGGAAUUCGUGGACAGCAACCACAUAAAGACAAAGAUUGUUACUGGUGUCUCAGUUGUAUUUUCCUAUAAAGAUAAUGUUAGCAGACUGUUUGUUGGAAAGGUUGUGGAAAGUAAUAGUGCUUUGUGCAUUCAGCAUUACCAGCUUUUCUCACCCAACCUGAAUUUGGCAACAGUUGGCUACCAACCAAGUGAACAUUACUGGAAUCUGGAAGCUGUCAAAAUCGAAUGCAUGUUACAUCUGACUUCAGAUGUUCACCUUUCUCGCAUCAAUCUCCUCAAGUUUGGAUCUUAUCACUUCUUUUGCAAAAAUUACUUCCGUUUUUUUGCUUUAAAUGAAUAA